AUGUCCUACGCUGAAAGGCGCCUCGCCUCGCAGGCAAUCCACAUCGUCGCAAACCCCGCCCCCAUUUCCCUCGCCGAAAGCAAACUAAUCCUCAGCGCUCUACAAAAAUUCGGCGAAGUCGUCACAUUCCGAAACCUAAAGGAGCAAAAUAACGCCCACGCGCCCCAUCCUCGCCAUCUUCGACUCCCCGACGCCGCAAAACAAGCCCUCUCCUCCUCGCCGCUAACCAUCCGCCUCCCCAACACCGACCCUGACGCUGCCCACACCCCCAACCACGACUCUCAAUUUGAGCCGUCAUCACAAUCAAGGACCAGAAGACCAGACUCAAGAUUCAAACCAGACUUCCUGAGAUGCGAGAUCCUGCCCUCAAGGCAUAACCACGAGUCUGCGCUGCAGCGGAACCCCUUCCACGGGACCUUCCGCGUCUACGACUCGACGUACCAGUACCGGGAUCUUGUGAAGACGGGGAUCCCGUUGAAGGAACUGGCGGACGAGACGAUGAGUCGGAAAAGGCAUGAGCCGUUCCGCUUGAAGAGGCAGAUGAUGAAGGAGAAUAAGCGGCUGGGUGCUACGUCGUUAAUGAGGUUGUAUCGGGAGGGGCUUGGGGAGAGUAUUCUAGAGGAGGGAAGUGAAGGGCGUGCGCAGGAGGAAGAUGGGAGUGGGGAUCGAGCGAAGGCUGGCGUGGAUAGAUUGGGGGAGAGAUGA